AUGCCAGAUUUGCUGCCUGCAAUGUUUGCUGCUCCCAGCACGUGGUACACUGUGGUCAGAACGAUAAGACAUAACGGCCGCUGCCCCGGAUGUUAGUUAGGCUUCAGAUCAGGUUAGACCCUGCAGCGAGCACCUUACCUCUAGGACAGAAAGCGAGACAGCGAGACAAAAAGCCUAAUGCAAUUUCUCCAUUCCUCUGAGCCGCGUUGCCCAGUCAUUGGGCAUGGGCUUACCGCAUUUUGCGGCAGAUUGUGUCCAUGUCCAUGAUUCGCUGUUUGCCUCGUCGAACGGAUACUCAUACAUGCACCCACAGCGACAUUCCUGUAACGUAGCCCAUUGUCGGUGUGGCGGAGGCGAUUCGGGUGUCUAGGUUCAAGAGUUUGCUUGAUUGGAAGGGGACAGGACUGGAAACUUCCACCCCACUUCCGCGAUUUCUAGAACUAAUUAUCGAAUUGAUUGCCCGCUUGGUCCGAAAUCCGAUCUACUACAGUAGGAGACGGGACCUUAGUUACCAUUGGCCUGGCCACAGUUCCGAGCUCUGUCAUGUGGUGCUUCACGAUAGGGGGUCCGAGACCGAGACCAAAUGUCCUACCCAUGACGUGAAAGACGCGAUUUUUGCAUCGGCUCAAAAGCAUGACCGACGCGAUCAAGUGUGAAUGACCAGACACCCGACGACGCGACGUCGCGACGCAAUUCGAGAACACCAGCCACCAAAAAUCUUCCGUUCUAUCCCGAGGCCUCCGUUUUUCGCGCUCAGUUCCCUGUCAUACAACAACCCCAGUCACCGCUACCAGCAGCACGAGCCCACAGAAGGUCGGUGUUCGUUAGACCGGUUGGACAAAGCCAAGGCGUAAUGGACAAGACGAAAACCCUCGAGAGUGCCGAUGCGGGGGGUUUACUGGAGACGGAUUUAUCCCUCACCCUUACUCCCUUUGGCGCCUCCAGGAGACGAGAGGACGAGGAGAGUCCUUUCCGCGGUCCCAGGAGACGGGAGGACGAGGAGGUUGUACUUUCGCGAAGCGAUUCGACAACGCGACCCGCGGAGCCGCGGCUCGACAGAUUUCCGACGUCGGGCAGUCGAACGCGUAGUCCGCCGGCCGUGGCGGGCAGCUUGGAAAAAUCGCAGGAUAGUCCCGCCAAAACUCCCACCGAGGCUCGUCAGCAGGUUCGGCAGCAGCAGCAGCAGCUACAGCAACUCCUGGCUCGGUUGCAGCAGUUUAACCCGCCGGCUUUUCCGCCAGGCCCUUUCCCCCCGCAGCCGCGCGCUACUGCCUUCCCCCGGCAUGACGUGGCAAAUACUCCAACCGCCGGCCCGGGGAUCGCAGCGCCGACGCGGCCGCCGCAAUUUCACAUCCCAGCUCUGGCCCCCUUCUCCGCCGGAUCGCCCGCUUCGCCGCGCGGCGCCUCCGAUGUUCCGCCAGGCGCGCCGUCAGCGCACCACGCAGCGGCGGUGGAUUCAGUUGCGCAGUUCCUCCGCAGCCUCGGCGCGCCAGCUCCUUCCGCCUUCCCUGGGAUGUUGCUCGCAACUGCCCCCCCCUUCUCCGCCGCGGCCGCGCCUUUUUCCGCUCCCUCGCUUACCAUUUCCGCAUUUCCCGCACCCGCGGCUUCCGCCGCUGGCCGCUCUCCUGCCUCCGCCGGUCCAGCGCCCGCUACCCCCCCUCCCGCAACACCAGCGCCUUCGGCUUCCGCUACUCCCGUCGGCGCCAGCGCCGGCGUUGGGUCUGUAUCAGAGCAAGCGCUGGCGCGGCUUUUGGGCGCGCCUGGCGGAAAUCAUGCUGCGGAACUGGAACGCCUCGCGCUAGUGGCGCGGCUAUGGGGCGCGGCAGGCCUCGUUACAGCGCCGUUGGCGCAAAGUAGCGAGGCGAAAAAUAGCGGUGUGCAAGUGGUAGGAGAAGGCGGAAACUGCGGCAACAAACCUGAGACAAGCAGAAGCGCGGAGGGUAUACUGUCCCGCCCUGUUUUCCCUGGGGAAAUCAGGAGGGGGGCGGGUGGUGAAGCGGACAUGGUAGCCGCGCGGAAGGGGGGGGAAGAUUUUGUACGCGGAGGGGCGAGCGGGAAAUGUGCGGAUGCUGGUGGUGAUUCCGCAAAGCCAGAUUCGGGCGGGUUGAGAUCGGUUGGUGGUGGUCCAAAUUCUGGCGAAGGUGGUCGAGACGGAAUGGCGUUACAGCUACACUCUGAACCAGCGUUACAAUUGUUCCAACCACAGUUACAAUCACAGCAAUUGCUCUCAUAUUCGCACCCACUUCAUUUGCCACCGCCUUCAGGAACAGAACCUGCCGCUUGGGCUCGAGCACUUGAGUUUCUCAAAAAUCAUCCCAGCGUCAUGGCAGGAGGAGGAGGAGGAGGAGGAGGAGGGGCAGCACCAGAUGCAGAUGUGAGCCCAGUGCUAGGGGCAGGGCUAGAAAUAAGCGGGGCAACUAGGAUAGGUGGUGCAAAAACACAAUGUGAGGAAGCGGCAGUGGGGAGACAAAGGACUGUGGCUCAGCCAAUACUAAAACGAAGCAGGUUUCAUGAAGAUGCAGGCAGAGAGGGGUGGGAAGGGGAGCGGGCGGAUGGAGGAAACAACCUGGGGGGGAGGGAGGUGGAAGGAGUGACGAAGGUGGGGCAAGGAGGGGAGGUGGGGGUGACAAGGGCAAUGUGGGGCGUGGACACAGGGCUGAAGAGAAAGCUCAGUGCUAUUCUUGCUGGUGCCUCGGGACUUGCUGCUGCUGGUAUUGCUGAUGGCAGUGCUGGUGGUGGUGGUGGUGGUGCUGCUGCUGCUUCUGCUGCUGCUGCUGCUAAUGCUGCUGUAGGUAUAAACAUGGCGGUUGCUGGUGGGGGUGCUGCUGGUGCUGCUGCUUCAAGCGUCCGUCUCAUUGGUCCUGAUAAAAGAGACAGGGAAGGUGGUAAGGAGGGUGGUGGGAGCUGCGAGAAUGACAAAGGGGAGAAUGCCGGCGCACUGGGGGAGACAGAUGGUGCUGAGCUGGAAGCAGCAGAGCGAAUGAGUGGGGGGGAGGAGUGUGAGGGAGAGGGGCGGGGAGAAGCAGGAGGAACAGGAGGAGAGGAAGGAGAUGAAGCGGGAACGGAAGGAGGGGGAGGCGAGGAGGAGGAGGGGAGUGGGAGCAAGAGGAAGAUGAGGCUGACCCAGGAGCAGCUGAGCACAAUGGAAGCAGUAUUCAAGAAGACCCCCAGGCUCACCCCCAGGGAGAAGAGCGCCCUGGCGGGGCGGCUGGGCGUGCGCGUGCGGCAGGUGGAGGUGUGGUUUCAGAAUAGGAGGGCGCGCACUAAGGUGAAGCACACAGAAGCGGAGCUGGACGGCUUGAGGCGCCGGUGCGAAGCACUAGCUGACGAGAAUCGCCGCCUAAGGGAGAGGCUCAGUCAAAAGCAAGAGCAACAGCGACAGCAGCAGCAGGAGCGACCGCAUCAGUUGGCAGAGCAGCAACAGCCGCAGGGGCAGCAGCAGCAGGGACAAACAGGCUCCCCUGGCAGCAGGGAGCAGACUAGAGAAGCAACAUGGGUGCUUUGCACCUCCUGCCGAUGCUCUCAACAGCAGAACACGGAGGCAGGAGAAGAGGGUCUGAGGCUGACAGCAUUAGAAAUGGUGGCACACUUGGGAAGCCAGCCUCUAGGACAAGAGGAUCAGCAGUUGCCGAACCAGCAGAGGCAGCAACAUCAGCAGCAAUGUCCGCACCAGCAACAGCAGCAGCAACGGCCACUCAGUCUUCAAUUACAGCAAGCAGUUGAGCAACACCUGGGAACUCUAGCUGAACUGCCCAGGGCCAGAAAUAAAAGAGAUGAUAGCCAUGCAGAUUUACCAUCUGAUAGUACGUCACCAGGUUCGUUCCUCAAGCUCUGAUGUAUAAAUCGCUCUACACAUAGUAAGCACACCUCUUAUAU